AUGGAUGACCGCGACCCCGCGGCCAAACCCGAUCGACCAACUCAAGUCCGGCCCACUGCGCCGCGAGUCAGGCUUAGCUGUGAAGCAUGUCGCCAGCGGAAAGUGAAAUGCGACAAACUCAGCCCGUGCACUAGCUGCCAACGACUGGGGUUUGUAUGCGUGCCUGUAGAACGACCUCGCUUACCACGAGGUCGUACGCGGAAAGCCCCCGAAAGAGCUGGCCACUCAGAUAAGGAGCUCGCGGAUCGAGUCGCGAAGCUUGAAGAUCUCUUGCGACGGGUCGCAUCAGAGCGAAAUGAAGCAAACCAGUCCCAAACUGAGGAAUCGGCUUGGUCUAACGACAUUGGCACCGGGCGGAGUUCCGAGGUGAAGGUGGAGAGUGUCGAGCCCUUGCAAGAUCACACUGCCCAUGCGAACGAGACCCAGCUACCCGUAUCAACGGUGCAGUCCGGCAGAUCUCGGCCCACAACGUCGUAUAUGGGGAGCUCAUUCUGGGAGGAUAUUAUGUUACAGACACACGAAUUGCGGACAGUGCUUGAUACCCGGGUAGAUAAUGAGCAGCUCGAGUUCAAGAGCCCCACUGGGUUUGGAAGCAACUUUGUUGGCUCUGAGGGGUCGGAAAGCAUGUCCAACUCGCCCCAAUCUAUCAAGGGGAUCUUGAUCUCGACCCAGACACGCCAGACUUUAUGUGAUAUAUAUAUACACAACGUGGAUCCUGUAUUCAAAGUCUUACAUCGACCAUCAUUACGAGCAUUUCUUCAUGACAACCAACCAUAUCUUUAUUAUGAACCUGAACACCAAGCCCCGGCUACUUUGGCACUUGCCGUUUAUUCUGCCGCUGUUUGCACAAUUGAUGAUACCCAGUGCCAACUAUUAUUUGGCUUGGACAAAAAGUCCGUCUUUGCUGACCUACAAAGAGAAACCGAAGCUGCAUUGAUCAGGGCAGAUUUUGUGAUCACGAAUGACUUGACUAUUUUGCAAGCAUACGUAAUAUCUCUACUCGCGGCGCGUUGCCAAGAUCAAAGCCGGCGAGUGUGGACCAUGCUAAGCAUGGCCCUCCGAGUAGCCCAAGCACAGUGUCUUCAUAUGGCUGAGCCUCCGUUCCAAGUCGGGCCAUUUGAGCAAGAAAUGCGUCGCCGUUGCUGGCAGGGCAUUGGCCAACUUGACAUGGCAGCUUCAUUGGAUCGAGCAUCCGAGCCAAUGAUGCAAGCUGCGUGGCUUGAGUCGCACCCUCCAGCAAACAUAAAUGAUGAGGACAUAUGGCCUGGGAUGGAAGGUCAUGUCCAGGAACGUCCAGAUGGCACCUUCACAGAUGUGACGCUUCUUCUAGUAGUUGCUGCAGCCCAGUCUGUUUGUCGAUCUAUUGCAUUUGCCGACUUCAUGGAAACAUCAGUUAAAUCGAUGAGCAUGCGCCAGCAAAUAUUAUCAGACUUUCUACGAAACACCUCUAAUCUCUUGGCUGGAUGUCAACCAGAUAGAAACCCCUUUCACCGAUAUACAAAACGAACAGCUACCGUCAUAAACGGCUGGCUGCAACUGGGCUGUCUUCGCCCCUUGAUACGAAGUCCAAACUUCACCCCGCCACAUGUCCAGGGUGACGUUCUUCUCAAGAUGGCUGCUGAGAACCUGCGGUUGGCGUCGGAAUCCUUCAAUGAUCCCCAAAUGGCGCCAUGGAUCUGGUUUCAGUCAUUAUGGGUUCCAUGGCACGGCCUUGCAGUUGCUCUCGCCGAGCUCUGUGUUUGUCAAGAUGCUGAACUUUUAUAUAAGUACUGGCCAAUUGUCGAAUCGGUCUAUCACCGAACGAGCUCUGUAAUUGCCGACUCACAACACGGGAUGCUGUGGCAACCCCUGGAAAAACUUAUGAAUCGCGCCCAAGAUCGAAAACGUGAGAUAUUGGGCGGGGGCCUGACAGAAGCAAUCAAACAAGUAACUUUGACUGAAAUGCCUCUAGCUCUUGCCCCUAACCAACCGUGCCCUCAAACUUCUACGUGCCCUCAGACUUCUACUUGUCCUCAAAUUUCUGCGAGUUUUCAAAUGCAAGAUACGGCGAUGCCGAUGACAACUACUGGCCAGAUCCACCCAGCUGUGGCAAUGGCACCUUUGGAAAUGGGUUUCGACGCAGGAACCGAAGCCUGGCCAAAUGUUUGGGAUGCCAUGGACAUGAGUGGAGCCGAACCCCCAAGUGGGUGCGAUGUCGCCUGGGCUAGCUAUAAUAACUUCAUUGGAGAUGUGUAUGACACUGCAGAUUCCAUUUUCUUGCCUCGAUGA